CUUUGUGCCAAGCGACGUCUAGAAGUUAGACUGCUUUUAGAGUCAGACUGUGAUGAUGGACGCACGCUUUGGACAGGUGCCGCUCAACAUUACGCACAUUAUGAUGAGCGAGGGGCUGCCCAUGCAGGACUUCACGCCUGCUCGCUGGUGUGCAACCAUGCCUUUUGAUGCGUGUUUCCUUGAUCCGCUCCGGCGCUCAGGGCACGGCGGGGUGAACCAGCUCGGCGGUGUCUUCAUUAACGGGCGCCCGUUACCGCACGUGGUGAGACAGCGCAUCGUGGAGCUCGCUCACCGGGGCGUGCGUCCCUGCGAGAUUUCUCGCCGGCUGCGCGUGAGUCACGGCUGUGUCAGCAAAAUACUGGCCAGAUACAAUGAGACAGGAAGCAUCAAGCCUGGAGUGAUUGGAGGCUCUAAGCCCAAAGUGGCCACUCCCAGAGUUGUGCAAACGAUCCUGUAUCUGAAGCACACCAACCCCACCAUGUUUGCCUGGGAGAUCCGAGACAGGCUGCUGCUGGAGCGUGUGUGUGACCACGACAGCGUGCCCAGCAUCAGCUCCAUCAACAGGAUCAUCAGAAACAAAGUGCAGUCUGAGUCUUGUGAAGUUGUGUCAUCAGCAUCAUCUGUUGCCAUGGGAACAGCCUAUCCCUCCGAGUCUGCCUAUUCCAUCAGUGGAAUUCUGGGAUUCAGGAAAUGCAGCAGCAAACAUAAGGACGGAGGAGGCAUCUCCUGCUACCACAACCAGCCAUGUUCCUGUAAUGACGCCUGGGGAUGGUCUGAUCCAUGCCUGACCUCCUUCUCCAGCCGCACCUUUUACCCCAGCCUGCCAGCUAAUCAUAAUCCAGACCUCUUAGGGCCUCCGUGUCAUUACAGCUGAGCAGGGCUGCAAAAGAAGGAAUAUCCACCCCUCAGUGCCAAAAACCAGAUGAUUUCAAAGCUGGAAUGAUUGAAACUGUAAUUAUUUCAACAUGACUGAUCGAGAUAGAAACC